AUGGCCGACCACUUCAAAUUCGGCGGAGUCCGUGUGGAUUUCAAUGUCAAUAUUAUCAUGAUUGCUAUAUUUCUCUGUGUUUUGGUGACAAUCAUUUCGAGAUCCCCGGUUCUAGUCCAGCUCGUCCGCAAUAGACAUGGCGAAACCUGUGUCUGUCCCGUCGUCAACCACUUCCACUUCCACUACUACUACGACCAUGACCAUGACCACGACCACGACCACCACCACGAACACCACCACCUCCGCCACAGGGAGGUCCGGCGCUAA